AUGCCUGGAGUGACGCGGGAGAAAGAAAUGCGAGUUGAGACGAGGGGGACAUCAAGCGAGCACCCGACCGAUGACCCUGUGGAGAGUUGUGAGAAGAAAGCCCUGCCGCCAUCAACCGACGAGCCCGCCGCGCAGACUUCUCGCUAUCGAGAUGCACCGUUAACCGUACAAGUCACAGGCUGGCGCCAAAAGAUCCUGCUCAUCUCCGUCUUCAUCGGCCUGUUUCUCAGCUUCCUCGACACUACCAUCGUCUCCGUCGCUCUCCCCACCAUCGCCGCCGAGUUCGACGAGUACGAUCGAUCGACAUGGGUCAUCACUGCCUACCUCCUCACCUACAUGGCCUUUGCCAUCAUCAUCACCCGGCUGAGCGACAUUUUCGGGCGCAAAGCAAUCGAAGUGACCAAUUUCCUCCUUUUCAUCGCCUUCUCGCUCGCUUGCGCUCUGAGCCAGUCGAUGACGCAGUUAAUCGUCUUUCGAGCCUUCCAGGGCAUUGGAGGGAGCGGCCUCUUCUCCAUGACGAUUGUGAUUGCAAUGAAUGCAGUCUCCCGCCAGAAGCAGAGUGCCGUUGGUGGAGCGAUUGGGGGAGUGAUGGUCACUUCAGGAGUUCUCGGGCCAGUGCUGUCCGGAGCAAUCACACAGAGCCAUCACGGUUCGACGUGGAGAUGGAUCUUCUAUCUCAAUCUCCCGGUGGGAGGAGUGGCCCUAUUGCUGCUGUUGAUGUCGUGGCCGAGCGAUAAAUCUCGCAAGUCACUCUCCAUGGACACUCUCAAGACCGUGGACUUCUUCGGCUGUCUCCUGCUGCUGGCGGCAUCGAUACUUCUCAUCUUUGCCCUGCAAGAGGGCGGUGCGGGCGUGUACGCCUGGAGCAGUGGUACCAUUAUCGCUUGCCUUGUCAUCUCAACCAUGGCGUUUCUGGCGUUCGUGCUGUGGCAGAUCUGGCUGGCUUCCCACCCCGCUCUACCCGUCAAGCCCGUAUUUCCUGUCAAGCUGAUGGCGGAAAGGGUCAUCGGUUCUACCAUGCUAGUGGCGCUGUUGAUAGGUUUCGUCUUCUACAUUGCCGUCGUGAGCCUGCCACAGCGCUUCCAAAUCGUCGAUGGCGACAGCCCCGUCACUGCCGGAGUCAAGCUAUUGCCUUUGAUGGCCUCGUCUGCUGUGGGGUCGCUGGUGACGGGCGGUAUCAACAGCGGAAAGAACCGCACGCGGUACACGCUCGUCGUUGCUUCGGCGUUCCAGGUUCUCGGGUACGGACUGAUGAUCAGCUUGGGCAAUACGCGUCCAACACCGACGCGGCAAUUCGGAUUCCAAGUCUUUCUCGGCCUCGGCUUUGGGAUGGCUGUCACCACAGUGACGAUAAUAGGGCGCCAGAACGUCGAACUGAGGUGGACAGCCGUGACCCAAGGAGCACUCACACAAAUGAGAUCGCUCGGGGGUAGUAUUGGGCUCUCCGUCGGCGUCAUCGUGUUCAACAAUCGCAUUCGAGGCUCGCGAGAAUUGGCAGCGCAAUUGACGCCAGACCAAGUGAGAGCCUUGACUAGGUCGCCGCUGGUGAUAUCGCAAUUCUCCCCACAGGAGCAAGAAAUGGUGGGCAUGGUGUAUGCCGAAGCAUUCACGCAAGAAAUGCGGGUGGCGACGUACCUCGCAGCGGCGUGUUUUGUCGUCAGCCUUGUCGCUUGGCAGCGAAACCCUCCGCAAUCCUACGCGGUAGGUGUCGCAGAGCCUGGAGAAGGUAGUAGAACAGGCGACUCCAGAGGGCGUUUAGAUCUUUGA